GACCCAGAGACAGUAGAGAACCACACCAGGCAAAUCGAGUCUUUAAAGAAGGAAAUCGAAGAGAGGGACAAUACUCUGUCAAGGUUAAACAAGGAAUUGAAAGAUUUACAGGCUCAAAACGAUGACCUACAGAUUACCUUGGAGUCUAGGAACCAAGAAAUAGAAGCUCUGAAGGACAAAGUUGAUAAACUAGAAACCGAAAGGAAAAUUUUGGAAAAGAAGCUACAAUAUGUCGAACUCGAAUUUAAGGAUUUGAAAAACCAAAACGACGAGAAGAACAAAGAAAUCGGGGAUUUGAAGAUCUCACUGGAGUCGAAGGAUAACGAAAUAACAGCCAUGAAAAGGGAACUUAAGGAUUUGAAAGACCAAAACGACGAGAGAGCCAAAGAAAUCAAGGUUUUGACGAUUUCAUUGGAGUCGAAGGAUAAAGAAAUAAUUGCCCUGAAAGAUAGGAUCAGAGGGCUUGAAAAUGCGCUGAAAAGUUUGGAGCUCUUUACUGAAGCCUUGAAGAAGGAAUGGGAGGAUGCGAGGGAAGCACGCAAGAAAAGCGAGAAAGACGAAAAAGAAAUGAAACUAACUAUAGAAAAACUGUCGAAGAAUAUUCAGAGAAUGACGAAGGAACGCGACCAAAAAGAAGAAGACGACCUCAAAUGGAAAAAGGAAUUCCAAGAAAAUAUGCAACUAGUGCAGUCUUAUGGAAGAGGUAGCCAGUCUUUGCCUGAUCCAGCUGAGAAUGCUUUCAUUCUUCUUGGUCAAAUGUGCUCGCGAGUGCAAGCGAUGAUGUACCAGAGAGUACUUCCAGACCGUUAUAAUGAAGAAUACUUGUAUAAAUUGAAAUUCAUCGAAGAAGACAUUGCGAGAGAACAGGGAGACCUUAAACGUCAGGCGAUUGAGAGAUGGGAUAAAUUGAAAAGGAAACUAAGCUGGGAUGACAUCAAUCAUCCCAGAACACUGAAAGAGAUCCAGAGGAAAAGAAACGAUGUGGCUCAUCCCAAUCUGCUUACAAAGGAAUUGCUUCUCAAUUCAGCUGAAAUGAUGCAAGAGGCAGGUAAACUGUCCGGCAGAAUGUCUUUGACUCAUGUCCGUCAAAUAAUAAAAAUAUGGGACCUUCUAGAUCAGAUGGAGUAG